AUGGAGUUGACGGAUCAGCAAAAAAGUUUACUGGCAGAUUGCGAGAACGAGUUUAGCGAGCGCUACACAGAAAAAGACACCGAGUUCAUGGAGUUGAAGAAUAAACCAUUAUCUAAGCCGCCCAUUGUAGAUCCGUGGGGUAAUAAUUUCAAUCGCAACCAGCAGAGAGGAGGUGGUCAUCGACCGUACGGUCAGUAUGGACGAGACCGUCAUUCCAGAGGUGGACAAUCGUGGAAUCGAAAUUCUCAAGAUUCGUUUUCACGUCGUGACCAUGACGGCAAUCGACAUAUGAGAGAUCGACCAUACGAAGAUCGUGGUCCCCAUUAUAGAGAUAGAUCAUACGAUGACCGUACCCAGAAUCGGGAUAGAUCAUAUCACGGAGACCGUGCGCCACAACGUGAAAGGUCUCACACUGACGAUCAUGGCCAUCACCGAGAAGAAAGGCACCAUAGAGAAGACGGACACCAUCAAUCUCGUUACCAUCCUUACUGA